AUGAUCAAAUCGAUGGUGUAUUUCGGGCACAUCUCCAUCGGGGAGGUGGAGCUGUGGCCCAAGGGGGAGACGAACGUGGCGGCGGCGCCGUGGGUGCGGGAGAUCCGGGUGGACCGCCUCUCCCCGCCCAGCGAGCGGUGCCUGCCGCUCGCCGUGCUGCACACUGUGUCCUCCGGCGCCCUCUGCUUCGUAAUGGAGUCGAGGCCAAGCCCAGCAACCGCUGACGACGAGCCCCCGUCGUCGCUUGUUGCCAUGCACACCGCUUGCCUCAGAGACAAUAAGACAGCAGUUUUUCCACUUGGAGCAGAAGAAAUCCAUUUAGUUGCAAUGAAACCCAAGAGUAGCUUGCCCAACCACGCAUGUUUUUGGGGCUAUAAAGUACCAUUAGGCUUGUAUAAUUCUUGCUUGAGUAUGUUGAAUCUUCGAUGCCUUGGUAUUGUGUUUGACCUUGAUGAAACACUAAUUGUUGCCAAUACCACACGGUCUUUUGAAGACAGAAUUGAUGCACUCCAGAGAAAAUUGAGUAAAGAGAUUGAUCCACAGCGUAUUAGUGGUAUGUUGGCAGAGAUCAAGAGGUACCAAGAGGACAGGUCUAUGCUAAAGCAGUAUAUAGAUGGUGAUCAAGUUACUGAUGGUGGGAAAGUGUAUAAAGUACAAUCUGAGGUUGUUCCACCUUUAGCUGAUAAUCAUCAACCUAUGAUACGUCCUGUUAUCAGGCUACAAGAGAAAAGUAUUAUAUUGACACGUAUAAAUCCAUCGAUAAGAGACACCAGUGUUCUGGUGCGGUUAAGGCCUGCUUGGGAUGAUCUUCGGAGCUACUUGAUUGCAAGAGGUCGGAAACGUUUCGAGGUGUAUGUGUGCACAAUGGCUGAGAGGGACUAUGCCUUGGAAAUGUGGAGGUUGCUUGAUCCUGAUUCUAGACUGAUAAACUCUGUUCAACUUCCUCACAGGCUUGUCUGUGUCAAAUCUGGCUCUAAAAAGUCAUUGCUAAAUGUAUUCCAUGAUGGAUCUUGCCACCCUGGUAUGGCCCUAGUGAUUGAUGACCGUUUGAAAGUUUGGGAGGAGAAGGACCAAUGUCGAGUUCAUGUUGUUCCUGCCUUCUCUCCGUAUUACGCUCCGCAAGCAGAGUUCUUUGCGUUGCCAGAAAUGUUGCAUGCAAUGUUAGGGGUAGCUUCUUCAAGUAAGAACAUCUUGGCUAUAUGGGAAUUCGAUGAGGGUCUUCUACCGUCGAUCAGUGAAGUUCAUUUUGACGAUGAAUUAAAUCAUGUCCCGUCUUCUCCUGAUGUUGGAAAUUAUUUGAUUCCAGAGGAUGAGAAUGCAGCAAGUUUGAAUGUGAACAAAGAUCAGAUGGCUUUUGAUGGUAUGGCAGAUGCAGAGGUUGAGAGGAGAAUGAAGGAAGCAGUUUGCAGUGUGCAAGCUGCAGAUCCAGUGACAACAAAUGUUGACGUGAUACCAGUAGCUGCUAACCAGCAAUUUGCUACAUCUUCAUCUAUUCCGUUAGCACCACCACCGGGCAUGGUGCCUUUGAAUAACGAUCAAGGUCCUCAGCCUCCUUCAGUCAGCUGGCCUGAUGCUCAAUCUGGUAUGGUGGAUCCUUUGCAAGGUUCUCCAGCUAGGGAAGAGGGUGAGGUUCCCGAGUCUGAGUUAGAUCCUGACACAAGGAGAAGGCUUCUGAUAUUACAGCAUGGCCAAGACACAAGAGAUCCCACACCACCCUUUGCUGCAGAACCUUCUGUACAAGCCUCAGUUCCUCCAGUGCAAUCUCAGGGAAAUUGGUUUCCUGUAGAGGAUGAAAUGGACCCAAGAAACUUAAAUAGGACUUCAACGGACUUUCAUCUAGAAUCUGAUGCUGUACAUAGUGAUAAAAGUCAACCACCACAUCAGCCAUACUUCCCUGCUCAUGAUAAUCCUAUAUUUUCCGAUAGAUUAAACCAUCAGAACCAGAGAUAUUCUUCUCAGCUACCUCACAGUGAGGAUCGUCAAAUGCUUCAGAACCAGGCACCUACAACAUAUAGAUCAUUUUCUGGCGAGGAUAUGGCAACCCAGCGUUUUCAUCCAGGUAACAGAAGCAGCCAAAUGGAGUCAGGACGUCAAUUUGUACAAUACACAGAGACAUCUGGUGCUGUAUUGGAGGAGAUUGCAGCGAAGUGUGGAUUUAAGGUGGAGUACAGGUCAACUUUAUGUGAUACUACAGAGUUGCGAUUCUCCAUUCAGAUUUGGAUUGUUGGAGAAAAAGUAGGUGAAGGAAUGGGAAGAACAAGGAAAGAAGCUCAACGACAAGCUGCUAAUAUAUCAUUAAGAAAUCUGGCAGAUAGAUUUCUGUCAUUUGAUCCAGAUAAGAUGACAGUUCCGAUGGAUGAUGGUUUUAGUAGCAAUCCAAACUCAUUCAAAUAUAGAGGGAUUGAUGGAGAUAAUAUAGUACCAGUUGCAAGCACGUCGGAUGGGUCUAGAUAUAUGCACGAGAGAGUUGAUAACUCAACAAAAUCUGCUGGUUCUGUUGCUGCUCUUAAGGAGCUUUGUACAGCUGAGGGUUAUAACUUAGUUUUCCAAGCUCAGCCAUCUCCAUUAGAUAGUUUGAGAAGGGAAGAAGUUCAUGCUCAGAUUGAAAUAGGCGGGCAAAUCCUGGGAAAAGGAGUUGGAGUAACAUGGGAGGAAGCUAAGGAGCAGGCUGCUGAUGGGGCUCUCAGGACUCUGAGAUACAUGCUUGGUCAACGUCCACAGAAACGGCCUGGAUCUCCAAGGUCAUUUGCAUCCAAUUAUAAUAAUAAGCGCUACAAGCCAGAUUUCCAGCCAAUGGUACAAAGGAUUCCUUCUGGCAGAUACUCUAGGAAUGACAGUCGUGUUCCCUGA